AGCAGACGACCCUAGAUGACCCUAGAGGACCCUACAGCGAGGCCGACAGGGGACGAAGUUUAACUCGACUUCAUCUAAUUGGCAUCAAUUGGGAUGACUAUAAAGAGGAGGGAUGAACUACCAAAGAUGAGAUUGUCUCAUCAACAAACACUUGCACACUCACACUUGUAAACACAACAAACAUCCAAUCCAUACAAACAAAACACUUCCACUACACCCAUCCACAUAUCACCACCACCACCACCACCACCACCACCACCAAAAUGCACGCCUCUCCCAUCAAGCUUUUGGCCCUUUCCGCCAGCACCGUCUCUGCUGCCGUCCACGUCGUCAAGGUCGGAGAGAACGGUCUCAACUUCACUCCUGCUCAGACCUCAGCCAAGGUUGGCGAUACUGUCGAGUUCCACUUCUAUGAAGGCUUCCACUCCGUCGCCCAGAGCAGCUUCGCCAAGCCCUGUGAGCCCAUCAACAGCACUGCCUUCUUCAGCGGCGACCAGAAUGUCAAGACCAAGGUCAGCGAUAAGGUCUUCACCAUCGAGGUGAAGUCCGAGGAUCCCAUCUGGUACUACUGCGCUGUCCAGGGACAUUGUCAAGGAGGCAUGGUUGGCGCGAUUAAUGCUCCUACCAGUGGUGCUAAGAGCUUUGACAACUACGCCAAGGCUGCCGCCGACUCUGAAGAUAGCUCUGCUCCCAAGUCUACCGGUGGCGGCAAGCUUGGCGCCGCUGAGACAGGAAGCGCCUCAGGCUCUGCCUCAGGUACCGCUACCGCCACUGCUACAGAGAGCGGAACUGCUGCCAGCGCUUCAGCAACAGAAAGCGGUAACGCUGGUAUCGAGGCUCGAGGACAGAUCCAAUGGGGUCUUAUGAGCGGUGCUAUUGCUGCCCUCUUUGGCGGUUUGAUGAUGUAGGAGAAUCUCCUGCCAGUCAACGUUGUGUUAUGAUUCCAGCCCUAGAGGCAUUGUAUUUGUUUCAGCUAGCGAGUUACUAGUCAUGAAACAUUAUGUAUAAACGCAGAUAGACCGUCUCCUGCAAGGAGUAAUAUGAAUAUACCCAAACUUCUACCCAUAAUGAGCACAGACGGAACACAACCCAUCAAUGUAUCUGAACUGCCAGAGGCUCGUUGAACCAAGACUCUAUCUCAUGAUUGUUCCAACACGUCAAGAUGUGCCGCUUUACGUACGAUUCUGGAGCCACUCAAAUGUAUUCAGCAACUCAAACCCGAAUGUUAAAGACUGAGGAACCCCUAUACCUAACGGUACCAGGUUUGUAUUGCCAGUCGGUUCCGAGUUCAAAUGCUCAUCAAGCACACGCUGAAUGAUUGCUUCGCAGUCUCCACAAACAACUCUGUUUGGCGAGCUGGGACCGACCCAGUUCAAGAAAGCAACGAGCAAGCUCAGUUGUUGAACGAUGUUCG